AUGUCCGCACGCGAGCCCAUGACUUACGACUAUUCCCUUCUACCUCCAGAGCUCUGGGGCCUCGUCCUGCAAUGCCUGUCGAGGACGGACCAGCGGAGCUGCCUCUCGGUCUGUCCGUUGUUCCGAGAUCUCUCACGGGCGCUGCUCUUUUCCCGCGUGGUCAUCCGCUUCGGGAUGUGGAAGGCGCACGAGAGGGAUGUCGGGUGGGUGAUUACCGAUCUGGACCUCAUGAGACGGCGGGGCGACGUGAAUACAGAGAUAUUGCAACACAUCGCGCGCGACACGCAGUUCGCGCGACUGGUUAGGACGGUUUCCGUCCGCGCCUACGAUGCGAUGGAGUGGAGUGACGAGGAUGACAUCCAGAACAUCAUCAGCGCGCUGAAAGCGAUGGUAAACCUCCAAUCAUUCCAGUGGUACGGCUCUCGACCGCCCCUCCCGUCCACGGUCUUGGACGCUUUGGCACAGACUUGCGGAUCGACGGUGCUCGAACUAGAUGUAUUUGGCGUACUCGCGUCAGAUGAGGACGCGUCGCGGUACAUGGCGCAGUUCCGAAAUCUGCAAACACUCUCGUUAGCAGGAAACCUCCGUCACUUGCCUAUAUACACCCGAUCCGACCCGGGUGCGAUGCUCAAGACCUGCAUAAAGAAUGCCCCGGAUACAAUCCGAUCUCUUUCCAUGUGGGGACACUCGGUAUGGGCCACGCCGCUGCACGUACUCUCCGGGCUGCACACACUGUGCCUGAUCGCCCCAGGAGGCCUCGACGGCAUCGGCACCAUCUUCGCGCUUUGCGCGCAGCUGCGCACACUCGACAUCGUCACCGACAGCACGGAAUGCGCGCCGCAAAUGCGAGCCGCGCUCGAGGCAGCCCCCACGGACGCGCUGCCGCACCUGACGUCGUUCAGGUUUGUCUCUCGGGGCCCGGAAAUAGUCAUUGUCGACUUGGGCCCGUUCGCUGCUUUCCUCCGGGGAAGGCGCGAGAUGCGGCGGCUCGACCUUGGGUUCCACGCACCGUUCGAGGGACUGGACGACUACGCGCGGUUGCUCGACAUCAUCGCGGGGCUCCCGCAGCUCGAGGUCGUCGGACUGGUGCUCUUGGGCAUGGAUGCCUUUACGCAGGAGCAUUUAAGGCUGCUCGACGCGAGCCUCCCGCGCGGUAUGUCGGCGCUGCUCUUGUCGUGGGCGUUCGAGGUGGACGGUGCAGUGCUUACGCGUGACUGGGCGGCCAUGCUCAGAAGACGCCCUUCGCUGGGCUACGUCCACAUCCUGGAUUAUGGGGGUCCCUUAGACUUGCGCGACGCGUUGCUACAGGAUCCUCCGCAGGCACUCAAACUCGUCGGGUACGGAAACCAAGUUUGCAAUGUCGAACGCGACUGGGUGACUGGGGGCUCGGCGUAUGGACCGCGCUGGGGGGAGGAGGCGAUCGGUUUCGCGACCGAAGUAGAGUUUGGGUGUGCGGACUGGGCGUGGCUGUUACGACUUGCAAACUGGUACGGGCGCGCGCUGCGUGUGUGGUGAUGCACUGUUCUACAUUCGCGGGCGACAUGAGAGGAAGGGGCUUGCGCGGUCAUUGUGCCCUUUGAAUGAAUUAGCAUGAAGCCAGU